UCCAUCAGUACACACUUACACCAUUCAGCUGCAUAUAGUCCUUGCUAAUUCGCCAGCAAAAAAACGUGCAAAUUUGAUUCACGUUAAACAUUUCCAUUAUUUAGAAUUUUGUACGCACGGUAUGAAGUUUUACCACGACCACGUGUACGUUCAUGGGUGUUGCACACCUAUGAAGAAUUACUUACUUAAACUUUAUUUAUAAAUACAUACCGAAACCAUAAAUAAAAGCCAAUGCAACUCCCCAGAAGUACGUACAUACAUAAACCCGUCCCCCCGCCAUGACCGCCAGCACCACUGAAUCCUACCUGCCACCCCCACGCCACGUCGACUUCACCAUAAUCCCCCCUUCCCUUGGCCGUGGAUGCUUCGGCACUGUAUGGAAAGCCAUCAAUACGAUAGACAAAUGUCACUACGCCAUCAAACAAGUCUGCAUUGCAAAAGUCCUCCCCCACUUUGGAAACAAUUUGGACUCCAUUUUCCACGAGGUUCGCUCCCUCCAAGCCAUCAAUCAUCCCCACGUGGUCCGCUACCACACGUGUUGGUUGGACGGACCAAACUGCGAUUCCAUAAAGAAUGGAUCCCUCACAUUUCCGGACAACGCGUCCUCCACCAACGUCAACGUCCCCCUUCUCCCGACCAACAAUUAUCUUCUCAUUCAGAUGGAACUUUGUGAAAUUACGCUUAAAUCAGUGCUCAAUUCGGCGCAUCCGGUGACCUUGUCGCAGUCCGACUUGUUCCCCCAGCUGUGCCAAGGUCUCAAGGUCAUCCAUGAAAACAACGUGGUUCACCGCGACUUAAAACCGGAUAAUAUAUUCCGGUCGAAAAAUAUUUGGAAGAUUGGAGAUUUCGGGUAUGCCCGGGUUAACGAAGAUGAAGAUGAGGACAUGUCGGUCGCGGGGUGUCGCAAGUAUCGAAGUCCGGAUGAGGGAUGCAGUCAGAAAUCGGACAUUUAUUCGUUAGGAAUUAUGUUUGUGGAGGUGCUGGAGAAAAUUAGUGGGGAACAGGGUGUCUUUCGUGUGAGCCAGGUUAAGGAAAUAUUGGGCAGGUUGGAGGAGCGGUUUAAACCGGAAUGUGCAAUUAUUGAGGGGAUGAUCUGUCCCGAUAAGGAAGCGAGGUUAUCGGCGGAGCAAGUGUGCUCGGAAUUUGGAAAGUUGUAUGAUCAGGCAUCGUGUAACCCGAACAACAACAACCCUACUAGAGCAAGUCAAACCAAUAAUCCAAUCGCCAAAAAUGGAGCACCCGAUGUUAAAAGUGUCGCGCAGAUACUUGCAACUGACGCCAAUUUGUUGACGGGAUCCAACUAUCUCUCUCUUUGUGGACCCCUUGGCGUGAGAUACAUUGAUUAUGCACCCUACCAACAAGCCGUGGAAAAUGGGAACAUGACGAGAUUAGGAUUUUUUGAGACGAUGCUACUCUUUUGGGUGACCCGAUGUGGAGACGCAGCUACAAUUGAAGCCCUGAUUCAAGUGCUUUUACAAGCGAAAUACGUAUCGUUGGCAGACAAAUUCAAAACCUUCAUCCCCACAAGUAAAAUCACAUCAGGAAUCAAACCCUCAUCAACCUCCAUCUUUUCCCCCGUUCGAUUCGGCCUUGCCAAAUCCUUGGUCAACUUUGUCGGCCGGAAAUCCGAACUGACCGAAUUAACCACCCUCCUCAAAGCCAAAAACCUCGUCAUCGUCACGGGACUUCGUGGCGUCGGAAAAACCGAGUUCUGUCGCCACUACGCCGACCUCUUUUGCACCCGCGAGCAAGGAAACUGCCUCUGGUUUCAUGGUCAAAGUGACGCCACCCUCGUCAGCUUGCUUGCCCAGCUGGCCGCCCAGUUGAAAAUACCCAUCACCCCAAAAAAUUCAAACUCGGUCUCCUACAUUUUCCCACUCCUAUCAAAUCUAGCAUUUUUCUCCAAAACGACCCUAAUCGUCAUCGAUAACGUCGACAAUUCCGCCAAUACGCAACUCGUCUUCAAGUUUAUCACCGAACUAAAAAACGUUUCCAUCCCGUUCGUCACAAUUCGCAUUUUGGUCACCUCAUUCGACAACAUGACGCUACAAUCGCUAUCCGGCGAGCAUUUUCGCCUGCUCCCGAUGUCCGUUCAAGACGCGACGAAACUAGUGAGACAAAGUCUGGGACAGAAGACGCCUGACCAAGAUGUCCACCAGUUGCUGCAGGAAUUUCAAAAUUUCCCGCUGCACCUGCAACAAGCCGUGCAUUACAUUAAGGACAAGAGCUACAUGCUCUGUGGUGGCUUCGGAGUGCGAGACUAUCUCAAAUUGUGUCGUCGCCAAACGGUUCCCAUCGAAUCUUGGGACGUCAACAUUGACGCUAUCCGCCGUGACAAGAAAAGCGGUGACCUGGCCAUGAAGCUGCUGAUACUGUUGGCUUAUCUGGAUCCGUCCGGUGUGAAGGAUGAGUUAUUGUUCUUACUUGUGCAGGAAGUGGAUACGAUGGCAUCCUUCGAUUCGGAUGAGCUUGGGUAUCAUAUUAUUUUUGAGACGAUUACGGCCCGGAAACAGCAGGCAAUGCCGGUGGAGUUUUUCGAAUCGACGACAAAAGCGAAGAACGCGUUAGAUUUGCUGCAUAGAUAUUUGCUCGUUCAGUGUGCAGAUUCUAUUUUGACGAUGCAUCGCUUAGUGCAGGACGCGGUGAGGAGAAAGGUGCAUAAUCGGGAGAUUUAUUACGGGCCCCCGCCGCCCGAAAAUCUACCCCAAGACGACCAAUCCUGUUGCAACCAUCUCGAUUUCCUACGAAAACUGACGGGCUACCUCGCCAGAAAAACCUUAGCCGACGGUUCCCUCAAAGUACGCCCGGAACUGAUCCAUUUCUACUACACGUGGGAAUUUGCAAACGCGGGAAAUUCAUUAGAAGAAGAGCUCAAGCCACUCCCCAUGUUCAUUUGCCACACCGUCCUUAACGUGUGUUCAACCCCUCUACAAAAUUCUUCCACCUUUGAUUCCGCCCCAUUUCGCACACCUCCCGUGCGAGAUGCAAUUUUACGGAAGCAAUCCCAAAUCAGAUUAGCUUUCGACGACAGAAAAAACUUUACCGAAUUUAUCUCUGUCAUUGAACUAACUUAUAACGCGAGUAAAAUCGUGAUGGAGGCGGACGACGUAAAUCCCAUCGUGAUCGGAUUUCUUACCGCCAUUUGUCUCCACCACGUGGGAAAAGCGAUACCCGCUUCCCGUCUCCGGAGGGACAUUCUGAAACUGUCCACCACUAUAUUUUCGAAACAAGAUAAAUCUUUUCCCGUCAAGAAAAAAUCGAGCUUAUGGAUUUUCGAGGAUAUCUUAAACUGGCGGUGUCAUCAAGCCAUUGCGCUCUCCGUGUUGGAAAAGCAGGCGCCAGAAACGCAAAAUUUAGAUCAUAAUUUAGGCUUUUGUCUGCUUGCGAUGGGGAGAUUUGUGGAGGCUAAGAUGACCCUGAAAAUUGCGGCCACGUGGAAAUGCGACAAUUUAGAGGGUGGUGACCUCCAUCCGUCAACUUUAAAUACGAAGAGGCUUCUAUUUUAUUGUAUGACGCAGAUCGAACAAGAGCGGGUUUUAGGGAUUGAACAACUGGAAAAGGUGGCGUUGCAGUAUGCCCGGAUUUUCGGGGAGGACCAUAUCCUAGUGGCGGGAACUAAGAAAGUUCUGGCGGUAGUGAAAGAGAGUGAGUUCAGGGCAAGUCGGGACGUUGGGGAUGGAUUGGAUGAGAGUGAAGGGAAUAAUGAUAAGUCGUACUGCCCGUGUUCAAUCGUCUGAGAAGUUUAUAUUUAUUAUUCUGGUUCAAAUUAUAAUUUAUCGGUAUUAAUAUUUUGAUGGGGUUAAUAUACCUAUGGAAUUUUAGGUAAUUAGCAUACAAUAAGGUACUUAAGUUCAGUAGCUAAAAUUUACGUGUAAAAAAUAAAAGCCUCUAAUCUAUGACCAUCGC